CCCGAAUCCAACGUUAUCCUUCUCCAACACCCCGGUGUGGUAUACGAAAAACAAAACAUAGAUUCUCGCCGUAGGCUUUAGCUGGUGACUCCGUACGGACAUCGUAGUGCUCUCCCUCAACUGGAACACUAAAAAACAAUUUUGUUAUUGCCUCAAUUUGGACUUCAACAGCUUCUCUCGAACCGAGGUACUUUUUUCGCGUCUCAAGUCGAAUAAAACACCUUUUUGUGCACCCUUUUUCUUACAACAGAGCGACUUUUUUUCAAACAAAUAGUCUCUGCUAACGAAUUCUCUCUAUCCACAUAGACAUUUUUUUUUCUUUUAUUUUUCUCUUUUUUCUUUGACUUUCAUUUCGUGAAAAAUGCUUCAACCUAGUGAUAUUUCUCCCGCCACUCCCUUCGGUGACGCCAAGGCUGUGGACAAGAAGCCCCGCUGCUGGAAUGACUUCCGUAGUGACACGUUCACUGUUCCUUGCGAGGAAAUGCGUCGCGUCAUGUACUUUGCUACUGACGGUGACUGUGUUUACGAAGAGGAUGAGAACACCCACGAGCUCGAGGACUAUGUUGCUGCCCUCACUGGCAAGGAGGCGUCUAUGUUCGUGACUUCCGGUACUCAAGGUAACCAAUUGUGUAUCCGUACCCACCUUCACCAGCCUCCUCACAGCAUCAUCUGUGAUGACCGUGCCCAUGUGUACAACUGGGAGGCCGGUGCCAUUGGUAUUUUCACCCAGGCCAUUGUCCGUCCCAUUGUUCCCAAGAACGGUCUCUACAUCACCGCCGAGGAGAUCGAGCAGAAGCUCAUUGUCGGCGACGACAUCCACUUCUCCCCCACCGGACUCAUCUGUUUGGAGAACACCUUGAAGGGUACAAUCUUCCCCAUCGAGGAGAUUGUUCGUAUCUCGAACUUGGCCAAGAAGCACAAGAUCCCCCUGCACUGUGACGGUGCUCGGUUAUGGGAGGCCAGUGCUGCUACUGGCAUCUCCAUCAAGGAGUACUGCUCGUACUUUGACAGUGUGAGUUUGUGUUUGAGUAAGGGUCUUGGUGCCCCUGUUGGUUGCAUCAUCGUUGGUAAGAAGGACUACAUUGCCAAGGCCAAGUGGUUCCGUAAGGCCUAUGGUGGUGGUAUGCGUCAAAGCGGUAUGCUUGCCGCCGCCGGUUUGUUUGCCAUCAAGAAGAACUUCCCCAGACUUUCUAAGGUUCACGAGUACGCCAAGUCCGUGGCCUCGUACGCCGAGAGCUUGGGUCUCCAGCUCGAGGUCCCUACCCACAGCAACAUGGUUACCCUUACCGGUGUGAAUCCCUUUAUUCUGAUUGACGAGGGUAGAAAGGCCGGCCUUAAAUUGCAAGGACCCCGUAUUGUUCUCCACAUCCAAAUCACCGAGGAGGCUGUUGAGACUCUCAAGAAGGUGCUGAAGAGCACCGUUGAGCGCCAGAACGUUGAUCCCUAUGUCUCUGGAAAGCAAAGCGAGUUCCGCGUCGGCUAUUAGGCUGAUUAUGUGCUCACUGUCGCUGGCGACAUGCCUUAUGUGAAGCAAACUACCAAGGUUUCUGCGUACCGGUGUCCAAAACGGGUCGCAUAAUGUGGCUCGCCUUGCUGAUGCGUGUGACUUCUUGCUGUUUCUGAACUCAAAACCACAACCAAUAGACUUUUCAAAGAGGAACGGCUUCAUCGGUCACACGCGUUUGCUUGUGUUUUUACACUUUUUGGAUUCUCACAAUGCGCGUUGCGUUACUAAGCUCCCUGAAAAAACAGCUGUUUUAAAAACUUUGUUUAUGAUUGUUUUUGUAUACUAUGAAGAAUGCAUUGUGUUACGCAUAGAAGUAAGAGA